AAAUAUUUGUGUUCUGUCAUAAAAAAUUGCCAUUUUUGGGCUAUUUCUAAAAUUUCUUGUAUACUCAUUUUUAACAUUUAGAUUUAUAUGGUUAUUGAAGAGCAAAUUACCGUGUUAGGAUGGUUUGACGGAAGAGGCCCCGCGUUCUAACUUAAAUGCUACAUCGACCGGGGUGUCUUGAUAUUUCGCUUUUCUUAUGGCUUCGGCAAGGUUAAGUCCGCGCAACUCCGAAGUGAACGCCCUCGAGCAACGGGGAUAUCUGAUUGGGAAGAAAAUCGGCCAAGGUUCUUACGCAACCGUCCAUCUGGCGGACUACGUCGAUGGCUCCAAUAAUAGCAAGAAGAUGCGUCUUGCAUGCAAAAUCUUCGAUAAAGAGAAAGCACCCAGGGACUUCUUGGAAAAAUUUUUCCCCAGGGAGCUCGAUAUUCUUACCAAAAUUGAAAAUCCACAUAUAAUACAGGUACAUAGCAUACUCCAAAGAGGUGCACGUGUUUUCAUUUUCAUGAGGUAUGCAGAUAAUGGCGAUUUAUUAGAUUUUAUAAAACGUAACGGCGUAGUACCAGAACAACAAUCAAAAUUGUGGUUCCGCCAGAUGGCGAGCGGGUUACAAUAUCUACAUAACAAGAACAUAGCUCAUCGCGAUUUAAAAUGCGAAAACAUUUUGCUUUCGAGAAGAUUCAACGUAAAACUGGCAGACUUCGGUUUUGCACGUUUUUGUGUGGACGGGGAAGGCCGCCGCGUGCUUAGUCAAACUUAUUGCGGUUCGGCGGCUUACGCCGCCCCAGAAGUAGUGAACGGCACCCCAUACAAUCCUAAACUAUCAGACGUAUGGUCCUUAGGGAUUAUCUUAUUCAUCAUGUUGAACGCUUCGAUGCCGUUCGACGAUUCAAAUUUACGAAAAUUACUCAAAGAUCAAAUGACUAGAAAUUGGGUUUUCCGGUCACGAGUACGCGACACGAUUUCCGCUAGUGCGAAAUCAAUUGUGAGACAUAUUUUGGAACCGGAUAUUACAUUGAGAUUGACGCUUGAUCGUGUUAUUACUCACGAAUGGGUUCGAGCAAGAAAAGAACGGCAACCGAUACAAAGCGGCAGAGUCGCUCCGUCAUACCACGAAGAGGAGAGGGACAUCGUACCAGGGGACCACAAGAAACCGGAAACGAAAAAGAGCAACACUGUUAUUAGUGUGCCAGUGGAAGAAGUUUGACCAAAUUUUAGUUAUACGCCCAGAAAUUGGCACGGAAAUUGCCAAGAAGGUGUUCCACAAUUUGUAUGUGGUGUCUUUGGCGAUCUACUAUGGAACACUGCCAAAUUUUGAUUUUGGUACAAAUGAAAUAUGUAAAAAGGUGAUCGAUAAUAA